UUAGUUUAAAAAGUAACAUAUGAUCAGUAUUUUUUAAGAUUUUUUAUAAAUAAAUUUCAUAAAUUCUAAUAAUUUUAAAUGUUUUAAUUCUAAUUUAUUUAAAAAAAAGGAAUUGCAAUUUUUCCGUUUCUUGAUUACAAUGGAUUAGGAUUAUGGUACAUUAAAAACAAAUUUGACAGAAGUAGAGGUUACCUCACAAAUAUUUUAUCUAUAGAGAAAAGAUAAAUAUAAAAACAGAGAUAAGAAUAUUUUACGAAUAUUGGUUUUUUAGUGUUUAAAAUUUUAAUUUGUUUAAUUAACGGUGAAAUAUAUAUUUAACAAAAUAUAUAAAUAUGUUUAUACGAAAUCGAAUAAUUCAGAGGUUAUGUCAACAAUGUGUAAAAAAUUUAAAAAGAAAACAAAAUUCGGUUUUAAAUGUAUAUUUAAAGACUGAAAGGCAAAUUUGUGUGUCAACAGUAAAUUGGCAAAAUUAUGGUUUGGCUAGUGAGAAAGUUUCGUCAUUCGAAAAAAAUUUACCAGUAAAUAGAUAUGCAAAAAGAAGUCACACAUGUGGUGAAUUGAGAAUGGAAAAUGUUGGAGAAACUGUCACACUUUCUGGAUGGGUAGAAUUUCAAAGAAUGGGAAAAUUUGUCAUUUUACGUGACGGCUAUGGAUCGACACAACUUCUUGUCCCCGAGGAGCGAGAAGAUUUAUUGAAGGUGACAAGAGAUUUAAAUUUCGAAAGUGUUAUAACGGCGACUGGUCGCGUUGUCGAAAGACCCGCUGACCAAGAAAAUAAAUCAAUGAAAACAGGGAAAAUUGAAAUUUUAGUUGAUUCGGUGAAUAUUUUGAAUGCAGCAAAAGCACAAUUACCAUUUACAUUGAGGAAAUUUAAUAAAGCCAAGGAACAAUUACAAAUGCAAUAUCGUUAUCUUGCCCUAAGAUUUCCCGAAUUACAGCGAAACUUAAGAUUAAGAUCGGAAAUUGUUUCCAAAAUGAGAGAAUACUUGUUGAAUCAUUGUGGCUUUGUUGAUAUUGAAACUCCGACACUUUUUCGACGAACUCCCGGAGGAGCACAGGAGUUUGUUGUGCCGACAAGACUUGAGGGAAAAUUUUACUCCCUUGUACAAAGUCCUCAGCAAUUUAAACAAUUGUUAAUGAUUGGUGGUUUCGAUAGGUAUUUUCAAAUUGCACGUUGUUACAGAGACGAAGGUUCCAGAUCCGAUCGACAACCCGAAUUCACACAAUUGGACAUAGAAAUUUCAUUCUCGGAUCGGGAGCAAAUAAUGGAAUUAGCUCAGGAAUUAGUGGUCUAUUGUUGGCCGGAGGAAUUAGGUCCUAUAAAAUUACCAUUUCCUCAGAUUACUUUUGCGGAAGCUAUGGAAAAAUAUGGCGUUGAUUCGCCGGAUUUGCGAAUUCCUAACGAGCUUCAGAAUAUAACGGAAUGUUUCGAUUCUAAAUUUUCAUCUAAACAUGAUAAAUUCGGAGCAUACGCUGUCGUUUUUCCAAAUUCUGGUGAAUGUCUCACAAAGGCAAAUAAAGAGAAACUGUUCAGCAUAGUAAGAAUGUAUUUCAAUAAUACAAAAUUAGUACAAUUGAAAGUUUCGAAAGAUAAUUUAUUGGAAAAAUUAACGAAACUUCUCUCUAAUGAUGCUGCGAGGAAUAUUUUAGAAAAAAUUGAUUUUAAUGACGGAGACGUUUUAUUUUUGGCAUAUGGAGACAAAACAAAUUCUCAAACUGUUGCUGGUAAUUUACGCGUUCAAUUUGCAAAUAUUUUGGAAGCAAGUGGAUAUAAUUUACGAUCUUCAGAUUAUAAAUUUGUUUGGGUCGUGGACUUUCCUCUAUUUACUGUUGAGAAUGAAAAUUUAAAAUCCACUCAUCAUCCAUUUACUCGUCCUCAUCAUGAUGAUAUGGAGUAUUUGUCCACUGAUCCCGAAAAGGUUCGAGGUUUGCAUUACGAUUUGGUGAUGAACGGUAUUGAAAUCGGAGGAGGUUCAAUUCGAAUUCACGAACCAGAAUUGCAGACAAAUAUUUUAAAAAUGUUGAAUAUAAAUACGGAUCAGUUGAAUCAUUUAAUUGAAGCUCUAUCGAGUGGUGCUCCUCCUCACGGUGGAAUCGCUUUGGGUAUUGAUCGUUUUGUUUCUCUUCUUUGUAAAUCGGCAACAAUAAGAGAAGUGAUGGCUUUUCCAAAAACUUUGGAAGGCAAAGAUUUAAUGUCAGACGCACCAGCGGCAAUUUCCGAAAAAGAAAAGUUACUUUAUCAUAUAAAAUAAUAAUUUCUAAUUAUUUUUAUCAUUUAUUAACUGAUUGGUCGAAUUUUCAGGUAAGUUGUUCGUUUUUCCUUUUUUUUCAUUCAACCAUAGAAAAAAAACUAUUAUUUAGUUUUUUAUAUUAUCAAUAAA